CUCCAGUAUUCAUGCCUGAAGAAUCCCUUGGACAGAGGAGCCUGGUGGGCUAUGGUCCAUGGGGUCACUAAGAGUUGGUCACGACUGAAGCGACUUAGCAUGCAUACACACAGCCUAUGAAUAAUCAAUGUGGUGGUUGGACUGGCCCUGGGAGUUAUUACGAUUGCAAGAGCCUUUCAGCAAUAACCAUCAGGAAGGUUUGGAAAAAUCAAGAUUUAUUACUUAGAAAUCACACGGCACACCUGGAAAUGACCCAGCACACCUGGGGCCAGGUUCUUGUAGAGAAAGCAGCGUUGGCCUGGGUUCUGCUUUUACUGGGGUCAAACAUGGGAGCCUAAAGCUUCAUGGGCUCACUCUUACUGAUGAAUUUAACAAGGGUUGGAGUUUAAAGCAUAAGAAAAGAAGAACAAAUGAAACAAAAGCAAAGCUAAGAAGCCCAAGUGGCCCCAGUGGAAAGAGACUGAUAUCAGUCAAGAUGUCUAAAACAAACGUGGAAAAAAAUAAAUGAAACAAACGUGGGAAGAGGUGGUCCUGCCCUUUAGUCAUAUUUAUCAGGGAGCCACGGUUGAAGCUGAUGCCUGAGCAAUCCAAGGAUGUCAGGCACUUACAUCACAAAAAUGAGAAAACUCAACUAUCAGAGGUUCCACUAGGCUUGCCCUGACCCCGCCCUUGACCUCCCCGAGCCAUCGUCCCUUGGGAAGGCUGUGUCCCUUCUCCAAGGCUCCCAGCUGGGGCAGGCUGGGCGCCUAUAAGGGGGAUCCCCGCUGGGGCCCGGUGCCGCUCACCGCCAUGGACCGUCGUCCGCUCACCUGGGCCCUGGUGCUGCUGGGCCCGGCCCUUGCGAUCGCCCUCAGUCCUGCAGCCGCGCAGGAGGCGCCUGAGAAACUGUGUGGCCACCACUUCGUGCGCGCGCUCGUGCGGCUGUGCGGCGGCCCGCGCUGGUCUUCCGAGGACCGGCGACCUGUGGCUGGCGGCGACCGUGAGCUCCUACGGUGGCUGGAAGGACAACAUCUCCUCCAUGGGCUGAUGGCCAGUGGGGACCCUGUGCUGGUUCUGGCCCCACAACCCCUGCCCCAGGCUUCUCGCCAUCACCACCACCGCCGGGCAACUGCCAUCAACCCUGCCCGCCACUGCUGCCUCAGCGGCUGCACCCGGCAAGACCUGCUGACCCUCUGUCCCCACUGAAUCCUCUUGGAGCGUGGCCUUGGGGGAGCCUGAGACCCACAGGGGUCCAGUCUGGUGAACUCCUGAUGCCACACAGCACCAUGAAGCCCCACAUCUAGGGGGAUGUUGUUGAUUACCUCCUAGGACAAGGUGC